AUGGCUGACGCCAUAUUGGAGCUUCUCGACCCUCACAUUGACGCCAAUGCCUCGGCAACAACGUCUCGUUCUCCGCGGUCACGCUCAACAGAUGCGACGACUACGAAAUACCUCAAUCGCCUGACGAGUCUAUCCCUCGAACAACUCAAGUCUGCCGAGCCUCAAUCCAUAUCUCAGUCUGCUCAUUCCACGCUUCUAUCCCUCCAGGCGCUCUCGAAUCGAUCCCACAAAGCCCUGAUUUCAUCAUCAGACCACCUUUCAACUCUUCGGAGCUUGGUACCGUCGCUGGAGCAGGAUGCCAAAAACCUACAAGAAGGAAUACCGCGACUUGACUCGGAGGCUGUGCGCUUCUCGACUACGUACAGCAAGUCUAGCGAGAACCCGCAUUUAGAUCGCCGGAAGAAGGCAAUGCAAUUAUCGCGAAAUGUCGAUAGGAUAUCGGAUAUACUUGAGCUCCCGGCUCUUCUUUCAACGGCCGUUUCUACUUCAUCCGCAACUGCUGGACCUGCUGCAGGGAGCUCAGUGUCAGCAAAUUACUCGACUGCCCUGGACCUCUACUCCCAUAUCAAACGACUGCAGACUUUCUACCCGGAUUCCCCUCUCAUAAAGGAUAUCAUUUUGCAGGCUGAGGAUGCGAUGAAAACCAUGACUACAAAUCUCAUAGCUGGUCUGAGGACACAGAAUAUUCGAUUAGCAGCCGCAAUGAGAACAAUCGGCUGGCUUAGGCGUGUAGCACCAGAGCUAGAACAUCCGCAACGAAAUCGCGGGUCCACUGCAUCAGGCGAGGGGGCUCUUGGAGCACUGUUUUUAGUGUGCAGACUGGCAAAUUUAGUUUCUACAUUGGAUGCUCUGGACCCCCUUAGAGAGUUGGCAGACCAAGAAACUCAGCGCCGAGUUGAAGCAGCGUCAAAAGAGCGAGUGUCGUCUUCUAAAUCCAGUGCAUGGACAGGAGGCCAACAAACGGAGCGGUUCUUGAAAAGAUACAUCGAGAUCUAUCGAGAACAGAGCUUUGCUAUUGUUUCGCUGUAUAAAAACAUAUUUACACCGGAGCCCAUUGAAAGCGACCACCAAAUGCCGACUAUUCUCCCUGGGCUAGAGCUCAAGUCCCUCAACCUGAAGACACAACCGCCUGCUAAGCGAAUAAGGAAGACCGAUCCCCUACAAGUGCUCCCACCUGCAGUUGCAACAUUUCCCAUGCACUUAGUGCGACUGCUUACAGACACGCUUCGUGCUUACCUUCCCAAUGUGCGAGACAAGAGCUCGAGAGAGAGCCUUCUAAGCCAGGUUCUCUACUGCGCAGGCAGUCUGGGGCGUCUAGGCGGUGACUUUAGCAUGAUCCUUACAGAGCUGGAGGGUGAAGACCAAGGCGAAGAGGAUGGUGAGAUCGUGCGUGAAUGGGAGGAGAUAACACGGAAACACCGUGCUCUUGCGGGUAGACUCGAGCAACUCACCAGCGGCCAACUUAGAGGUGCCUCCAGCAGUCCCAAGUAG